AAGGAACACCUUACCUGAUCCCAGCAACAAUAAAAUCCGGGGCUUCAUACAGGACCCAGACCGGAGCAUCGCGGCAUCGAGUAACCACAGUCGUGAAAGGGUCACCUGACUCCAGGGGCGCGGUCAAGCGAGGUGAGACCGGGAGAGUGAGUUAGCGCCCUGCGCUAAGCACUUCAAGGUCCCGUCGCUCUUGAAAGGAGACCCCAUGGACUUCUCCAUUGACUUCUUCUCCAUGGCCUAUUCCGUGUACAUGUACUGCCUCCUCGGAGCUUGCGUGGCCAUCUCAGCUCCUGUGGGCCUACUGCACGCUGUGGGCUUCGGUAAGACCGGGAUCAGGAGCAACUCUCUGGCGGCGUGGUGGCAGGCCCGCUGGCGCGGGACCCCCAACAAAGAUGACUUCUUCGCGAAGUUGCAGAGCUGGGGCGCUACGGGGUUUCCAGGCUACUACAACAUUUACUUCGGCUUCCUCGGGUUCGCGCUGGUCGGGCUCAUCGCCGACAACUACGACGCCUCGGCCGAAAUGCUGCCGCCUGAAUUCUUGUAAUCGUGAUGAGUCGGACUGAAAUAGCGUUGCACGCUAACAUAGAAGGCGGCAGCCGCAAAAUUAAAUAAAGAAAAGAGAGAAUUAUCUUACUUGGGGAAAUGUUGAUUUUUCACGUAAUUACGCGCAUUCGAAACGAUAAACACGACGCUGAGCGCUGUA